GAGCUCUAGUCGAUUCACCUUUCAAUUCAUUGUUCAAUUCACCGUUCUCCCCUCCAGCCAUCAUAAAUCCUACCUUUACGUCCAUGAACUAAAUAUUCACCAUGUUCAAACCUACGGCACCCCUCUACCGCCGCAUACGCCGCCUCCCGCUCACGACAAAAAUGGUCAAUAAGGGCUUCUACAAAGGCAAUCGCGUUGGCAGUAUGGGCGCGAUAAACCAAUACGGACGCUUUAAGCCGGAUUACAGCAAGAUACGGACAUACCCUGAACCGAUAUAUUUGAAGGAGACGAAUUUGACGCCGUUUGUGAGCAAGGUUGUAGAGAAGGUGAAGGUGGGGGAGGAUGGGGAGGAAGGAGAGGGUCCUAACGGGGGUAAGUGGGACGGGCAGAGGUAUUUGAUGUUGUGGAAAGAGAGGAAUGGGCAGGAUUGAAGGAUGGGUGGAAAGGACGAGGGGUGUACGAUAUAGUAGGUCUAGAAUCUUGGUCCAAGGGAGUGGGGUGGUGUCUGAUGCGAUUGGGAAAGAUGCAUAACAUAUUAGCAUUGGUAGGCGUUCUAGGAGGGCGUUGACUUUGAGGUACGAGAGGUUUGAGGGGCUCGGGAUGGUGGACAUAGGACACGAUGGUUUUGGCUCCAGUCGAUGAAGGAACAACUGGGAGGACCUUUUGAGCGUGGUCAAUCAAUUGAAGAGUUCUUGGUGCUAUACUGUACAUUUCGGGUAUCUUGUAUAAUUGUCG